AUUGUAUCAAUGUCAGAAGAAAGCAAAAGAGGCUCUACCACAUUAUCAAGAGGCAUUGGAAUACAUUCAGAGCAGUAAAGGUGAAAAAAGUCUUGAGUGUGUUCCGAUACUGAGGGAACUAGCAGGUGUAGAACAAACCUUGGGAUUUCAUGACUUAUGCAUCAACCAUUUAUUACAGGCCCACCUCAUCAUCCAGAGUAAAUACCCCUCUCACGAGGAGGCAUCUGACUCCGCACACUUUGUGGCCCAGGCUGCUGUCACAUCCGGAAGGCCUGAGCAUCACGAUGUUGCCGAGCAGUAUUUCCAAGAGAGCCUGGCUAAUCUGAAAGAUGCUGGAGGGAAGCGAAGAGCCAAAUUUCUUUUAAUUCAAGAUGAGUUUUGCCAUUUUCUGAAAAUCACUGGACAAGAAGAGAGGGCGCUCUCCAUGCUGAAAGAGUCCCUGGAAGACAAAGUGGGGGCAUUUGGUGAUUUCAGUCCAGAGGUGGCAGAGACCUACCAGCUCCUGGGCAGGGCAGACCUGGCACAGGGGAACCACAGCAGAGCCCACAAGAAAUUGAAGAAGUGUCUUCAGAUUCAGACUCUCUUAUACGGACCACAGGACAAGAGGACACUUGCCACCCAGCAGACCGUGGACAUUCUUUCCAAGGCCCUGGGGAUCCCUGGGAAGUCAAGGCAGCCUCAGAAAGCUAAGCCGGCAUUCUGCCCCGCUGUCCCUCAGCACCCUGUGCCCGCAAAGCACCCACAGGGUGGUGCUGGCGGCUCUCCCGGCUCCUCCUUCCUGGCCCUAGGCACAGCCCAGUAA